UGCCUCAUGAUUAAAAUCGAUACCUCUGAGUGUCUUGUAUGUUAGGUGAGAUACACAUACAAAUAUAGGGAGGUUUCUUAUCUUCUUUUUCAUUUUACCGCCGACUGUAAAUGAAAGGGUACCCGACUUGAAUGCGCUGUUGCCUUCAAGGUGACUUGUCUACUUUCUCUCGGGAUAACCAGUCAUCUAGAAAAAAGUUCUUCAGAAUUUUGAAUUUAGUGACAAGAAAAGGAAUUUCAGACUAUUCAGCAUUUCUGUGAGCUAGAAGUACGACAUGACUACCAAGGUCCGUUGGGUCUUGGGAGUUGUCGUCCUGAUAACAGUUCUUCUCAACAGUGCAUCAGGAUGCCCUAAAAAAUGCAGAUGCUAUAUACGAUCAUGGCUGAUCACUAAUUGUCGAGGGAAGAUUCUGACGUCAUUUCCGGAUAAUGUCGAUAACGCUACAGUUGAGCUUAUUCUAACAUACAACAGGUUGACAGCUCUCCCGCCAUAUCAACUACAGCUACCAAAUCUGACGAUUCUUGAUCUGCAUGAUAACCGGAUCAACAACUUGAGCAACUGUGCUACCCUCAAGGGUCUACGCCGACUGUCGAUUCUGUACUUGUCCAAUAAUUUUCUGGACUCGAUCCCUGAUGGAUGCUUCUUGGACCUGAAAUCACUAAAGCACUUGUAUCUGUAUAACAAUCACCUGCAAAUGUUGACACCCGGCAUGCUGCGCGGCCCCGAAGGACUGCAAUCACUCUUUUUGGGGGAUAACCAAAUAAAGAAAGUAGCAGAUGAUGUUUUCCAAAAUGUCUCAAACGGAUUCAAACUAGACAUUGGCAGAAACAAGAUGAAUGGCGUGCCUGAUGCGGUCAAAGGAGUAAUGGACAGACUUUCAUAUUUGGACUUGUCUAGCUGCUCGAUAUCAAGCCUCGAGGGACUGGUGAGGCAGCCAAACACAUGGAUGAUUUCACUAUGGCUUGGCUCUACCGGUAUUUCAGAAAUUCCCAAUGGCUUCCUAGACAAUUUUCCGGCUCUCGAAGCCUUAUCUCUUUCUGGUAACAAUAUCAGGGUUCUUUCCAACGACACAUUCAGUGGACUUCCACAAAUCAGAACACUAUAUCUCUCUAACAACAAACUGGAACAACUCCCCUCAUCUUUAUUUAACAACAACACGCGCUUACAAUAUCUAUAUAUUAAUAACAACAAAUUGGAACAUCUCCACUCAUCUUCGUUUAGCAACAACGCGCACCUACUUCAUCUGAACCUUAAUAAUAACAAGUUGGUACGCCUUCCGUUAUAUUUACUCAGUAACAACACGAAAUUAGAGUUUCUCUCCUUGGAUUUCAACAAGUUAUCUUUUCUUCCUGAUGGACUUCUACACAUGAACCACGCGCUGACAAGCAUAUCAAUUGCGUACAACCAGCUUGGAUAUCUACAAAACGACACAUUCUUUUACAAUGCCGAUCUCCAAAUAAUAUAUCUGGCUGGAAAUCGUCUCACACACCUACCAAAUGCGAUCUUCAGGAACUGCCGACGCCUAGUUGAAAUAAUAUUCGAGAAUAACUUGAUUACAAGCUUACCGGAGAAUUUAACUGAUGGCUUAAAUAGCCUACAAAUUAUAAGUUUCCCCAGGAACAAACUAAGCAAAGUGCCAAGUAAAAUUUUUCAAAACAAGCCAAGCCUUAAAAUUGUGUUCCUGGGAAUGAAUAAUCUCUCGAGUAUUCAGAUGAGUGGUAGCAGAAGUAUUAAGUUGCUGCUGAUUCACCAGAACCAACUUGUGUCGCUUGACCGCUCAAUGAUAAGGUCAUUUGGAUGGAAUCUAGAAGCCUUAUGGGCAUCCUACAACAACAUCGAGGAAAUACCUGAUUAUACAUUCAUAAACUCUCUCUACUUUCGAUAUCUUGUACUCAGCAACAACAAAAUUCGAAGAAUAACGACUGCUACAUUCUAUGGAGCCUAUUCACUACAAGUUCUGUAUUUGUCGCACAAUCCUAUUAAUUAUAUUGCUGAUCGAGCACUGCCGAUGGGGUUGAGACACUUAUAUCUGCUCGAAACACAUUUGAAGAUUAUUAGUUGCAGGAUGGCAUGGCUUCCAUUUUUUAGUCUGACGUUCGACACGCUAAAAGAAAGCCCACCCGAGCCGAUAACAAACAUGUUAUAUAUGGAUAUGUCAAGCCUUAAUAGGCUGUACCAAGGAUUUGAAAGCGCGGGCUUCAAAUGCAAUAGAACGGCCCUUUCCUGCACUCCGUGUAUGAUUGGGUAUGACCUGACAUACGGAGACGGCCAUCAGUUCCACUGCAGAGAAUGCCCUGCAGGAGGGUUCUACCAGGACUCGUUAGCAUUUUAUGGUGAUCGUCAUGGGUAUGGUAAUGGCUGUCAGCUGUGUCCAAACGGAACAUUUGUAAGCUUGAAGGCCGCCCCGGGAACAUCCGAGAGGGACUGUCUACCAUGCCCUGAAGGCACAAAAAACGACGAUUUUGCUGGGUUCAGAGCAUGCAUAUGCCAGUCAAACUAUUACCGUCUAGACCGGUUUGACGAGUGUCUUCCAUGUCCUGAAUUUGGUGCGGUCUGUUUCAACGAAUCUAUGACUUUAAAAAAUGGUUAUUUCUGGAGCUGGAGAUCAAACGCGGAAAAGGAGCAAUACAUCAACUUCACGAGUCAGCUUCAAAUCUUCAACAACACGUACUCAAGAAAUUUGUCCACAUUUAAUGGAUCUUUCCCUCAGCCACAUCUGUGUCGGCGCGAAGAGUCGUGUCUAGGGGGUCUGGACUCUAACUGCGCCGUUGGUUACAAGGGGCCUUUAUGUGCAGUUUGUGAGGAUGGCCAUUAUCAGUUCCUUACAACUUGCCCUCGCUGCCCUACUCUAACAUGGCUCCUGGUUCAGGUUGGAGGUCUUGUGCUUGUCGUGAGCAUCAUAGCAGUGGUGAUCGCAAAGGGCCGAAAGCGAGCAUCAAAUGGCAAGAGAUCUCUUACCGACAUCAUCCUUGCUCGUCUGAAGAUCCUCGUCUCUUUUUACCAGAUCACUUCAGGUACAUUAAGCGCAUUCUCGUACAUCAAAUGGCCCCCGGCUUUGAUCAAGCUCAGCGAGUAUGCAAGCUUCCUUCAGUUCAACAUCAUGCGCAUUGCGCCUCUUCAGUGCUUUCAUGUAAGGUUCAAGACAGAUGCAUACGGGACUUUGAUAGUUUUCUGCUCGAUGACAGCAAUAGUAAUUGCUAUUGUGUGGAUCUACUACGGUAUAAGAAAGAUCUAUCUGAAGAGAAAAACCUCUUUCAGCCUUAGGGAAAAGAAGGCAGCCCUUGAUGCUACAAAGGAAGUAUGCUACAGGAAUACGUUUCUUUUCCUGUUUAUCACUUACCCACAGACAAGCUCUUCAAUUCUGCAAAUGCUUCCUCAGGCGUGUCACAGGAUUUGCCAAGACAUGGACGGGACACAGUGCUCAUUUUUCCUCAAGGCGGAUUACUCAGUUCAGUGCUUCACAGAAAAGUACAACACGUUUAUGUAUCUUGUGUACAUCCUGUUGCUUUACCCUCUUGGCAUUCCUUUGUUGACGGCGUUCGUACUAUGGAAAUACCACUACAAGGAAAGCAUUAAAACGACUGGUUCUGGAAGACCACGCUCACGUGCCACAGACCAAGAAGAAGAGAAAGACCCAGCAGCUGUGGUAAGUCGAGUUACUCACCAACUUCAACGUCUGGCUCAUUCGAAGACGAAGCAACAAGAUUCAAGUGGUAGUCUCAAAGAAAGAGAAAUGAAAGCGAUGCGCCCUAAGAUCGUAAAGCAAACUGCUUUUGUCAUUCCGUCUGAUGAAACGAAAGAAGAAAGGUACGUCUCUCGACGUACUGGAAUCACAACAAAUAAUUCUGAGAAAAGGCCAUCUGCGGAUGUUAUAGAACAGCUGCAACUUGGGUCCUACGACAUCGGAGCAGAUGCAAGGAAUAAAGACCAAAAGAAAAAGGUCACAAAGCCAAGCAGCAAGUUUGUCAGAGCUGCAGAAGUAGUAUUUGCUGCUAGUAAGACGCGUCGUUCCGGGCGCUCGUUCGCUUCUACCUUGCCAUUGAUUGCAGGGAUGAGUUUCAUUUUUGAGAAUUACGCCGAAGAGUGCUGGUUUUGGGAAGUGAUCGAGAUGAGCAGAAAGCUGGCGCUGUCCUCUGCUCUGGCACUGAUUGGUGCUGAGGGACGAUUAUCGCUUGGCGUAGCUUCCAUUCUGUCAGGUUCGUAUGCCAUGCUCCACGCAUACUUCAAGCCGAUCCCCGACUCAUUCGAGCACUCCCUGCAGUUGACGUCUCUGAUUGUGACGUUCGCCAACACUUGCGUCGGUACGAUGCUCAAGGUGGACCAGGGCGCCCUGCUGGAUGCUGAUCAGAGGUUCAUUGACUCGAUUUUGACUGCAGCGCUUCUUGUGUUUGCUAAUGUACUUGCCACUGUAAUGAUUGUAGUGAAAUACGUGGUGUCAUUUGGACGCGUGUUCGUGUCGUUCUACAAGAAUCCCCGCUGUUCCUUGGGCUGCUGUGUCACGAUGUUACUGACAGCAGGCGAGGUGCAGGAAGAGGCAUUCGGUUUGGAAGAUAAUAAGGGCUUUAAAAUGAAGAGCCAGAUACAGAGUGGGCCAGACUUUGGAGGACUUUCAAUGGAAGAAGCCGUUGGCGACUUGGGCAUCCUUGAAGUAGAGUUGGAAGAACCUGUCGUGGAGCAGACCAACCCGAUCGAUGGAGAAGACGAGGACGAGGAAAUUUUAGAGGAACAGCAGGACGAGGACGCAAAAAGAGUCAAGAGGAAAAAGCGCGUCACCAAGUUCUAAUCUUAACUAAUUUUACUUACUACUGCAUCGCACACACCUAUUCAGAUUAAGAGUAUGUAUUUGAUUAGUGAAUUUAUCAUGUGUCGUUUCUCGAAGGGCAUCAUGGGUAUUGAAAAUAACAUCUUAAUUAUUAUAAAGAGAUCUAUAAAGAGAAUUUGAAUUUCAUUUUCGUUUAUGGGUUCAUGCUGUAAGACAAAGCUGCUUUAUGAGAUGUCAUUAAUUUUGUUACUGAUAAUCGUCCAUAUUAUGAAUGCGUUAGAUAUUGUAGACCACAUCGUUAAAAUCAUAAAACAUUGAUACCAAAAAUGAUGCUGAUGCUAUAAGUGCACAUUGUGUAUUAGAAUUAUGAUAUAAUUUUUAUUUAGGUCAUUUAGAGUGUCUCACGACACGAACAGCCUUUCCAACUCGUUAAGGAAAUUGUUAUAAGUUCAGAUCCUCACGAUUAUGCUUUCAAUUCGUGGUUUAAUUCAACUAAUAUUUCUCAAAAUCUAAAUUACAACUAACUCCGAACUUCAACGAGGAACCAGCCCCUACGGGGGGUCCCAAUCAAACAUCAGGGGCCACAGGGAACCCAAGGAGGGCAAUAUACAUAUUACAACAUCUCCCCCCUUUCAAAACUUCAAUAAAUGUU